AUGUCGUCCAACACUGUCAGCGUCAGUAACGCAUCCCUCGCUGCGACGUUUACCGCAAAAAGCAUUGGACUUGGUUGCGCUGCUGCCUUAGCUGUGUUGUUUGUGUUCGUGACUGAUAUUCGACGUUACACGUCUACCGCUUUCCUCACGGAGCCCGUGAGCGAUAUGAAAUUUCACCGGGGUGGGCGGACCCAGGUCGAAGGAAAACGAUUUGAUUUGUCAUUCACUCGCAGAGUCAAAGGUGGUCGAGUCAAGGACCGCAAGUCCCAGGUCGAGCCCUUCGCCCAGACCCUGGUCAGCCUUAUGCUUAUAGAAGCCAUCUGUGAGCAGUCUGGAUGUAACGGGGAUGACGAAGGGGAAGCCCAGGACCCAAAGAAUUGGGACAUUGUCUUCCUCGACCAGGAGACGCGACUGUCGCUCCUUAUCAAGGUCGACAACGUCGUCCGCAAUCUCAAUGGCAAAGUAGAUUUUGCUGUCUGGUAUGAGGGAGAUAAAAAUGGCAUGGGGACCAACCUUGUUGCCGUAGAGGCAAAGAGGCAGGCAUACCCAAUGCCUGUGCUACAAGAGUAUGUCAAGCCUAACCCCCUGACGCAUGGGAGAAAGACAUUGGCUGACCCCUCAAGUAAUUAUCCAUUGGCGCACAAACUUACUGCACAAGCAGAGGUCUGGGGGAUGGCGACAGACGGCAACUACUUCAUGAUCGGUUUCUUUAUUUGUUGCGGCCUGUACAUCCUCCUCUACUCGCUAGUCGUUGUGGAAUGGUUCUGCAAGGCACCUAGGGUUCCGCCGGGCCGCGCUGGGGGAUCUCACCUAGGCAGAGCUGAUGAUCGAGCGCGAAGCCUUCCAGGCAGACAUGGCGGCCACCAAGGCCCGGGCCGGGCCGAAAGAGGCAACGAGCCCAGGCCCCUGAUAAAUGGGAUUCAAUGGCCAGCAAGUCAAGCACCAGUAGUGGCGAGUCCCCCGGCCUACGACACCGACCUGGGCGCAGCCCUGCCGGCCGUGAUUCGGCGCCUGAUAAUGGUUGGGACGGCCACAGACGGCCACGAUUUACUUUUCCUCCGUGUGGACGACAAUGGCACUACGUACCUCAACAAGGAGCUGAAUUGGGCUCGAAGCGAGACCAUAUGGGGCUUCAUCACCCAUGUGGUCGAGCAGGCGCGGGUCCUGUAA